UGUCCAACGUUCGUCGUAGACUUAUUAAGUACGACUCAUCAUGCAAGAAAGAGGUGCAAAUGUAACAGUGUUGUCAGUAAUAAUAUCGUACGGCUCGCAUGUUAUCUGUGUUUGCAAACUUUCACUUGAAUGGCUUCGACAGUGGAUUAGUAUGUCGCCGACGAUCGCGAAAGCUGUAAGCGCCACCAGGUUCAUUCGGUUCUCUCAACGAUCAGUUGCACCUUCUAGUCAAAGAGUUUUCAGUUAAAGUUUUUCGACAAAAGUGAAUUUUUUUGAUAGUCAGAAGAAAAUUAAUAACGGGGAAUCUGAAAUCGAAUGAUCGAAGGAAGGAUAAAAAUCGACGCAGAAGGACGAUAAACAUGCGGGCUUUUGGGAGGCUCUGCUGUGCGUGGAUUUUUGUCGAUCGUUACAGUGAUUAGUGAGCGUACAAAGCAGGCACUUAACAGCGAUAAGGAGCUGCACAGUGUGCAUCAUUUCGUGGGACAAUAAAAAAAAAAAAAAUAUUUCAAUUUUCAUUUAGUGCUUCAUGAGUUUGGACCGAAAGUAGAAGUGGUUAGGCGAAAGAAAUAAGUGAGAAAAAGGAUUGUGUCGAAUUGAAGAAAUUUUUUAAACAGUAUGGGAAAAUAUGAACGAUUUCAGCGAUGGUGGCUGUUCGUCAGUGUCACGGGGGUAGCCUUGAUUUAUAUGUUGUUCAACAUUUUUUACGAUCGUAAUCUAGACGCGUGGCGUUUGGAGAGAUUGAAAUUUUCAUUCGGGACGGAAUAUUUGUCCGGUUCUAGGAACGGGACGACGAAAAAGAUUUUGUUUUGGAACACGAUGUGGAGUAACACUACUUUUUACUUUGGCGAAGGUGACGUUUUCCACGAUUGUCCAAACGUUCAAAACUGUUGGGCCACCCACGAUCGUUCGGUGAUAAACGUCGAGGAAUUCGACGCCGUUUUGUUCCACGGGAGUGAAUUGGAUUCAAAUGAUUUACCGGCUAGCCGACGGGAUAGUCAAAUUUACGUUUUUGUCAAUCUUGAGAGCCCCGCUUAUCGGCCAAUCACCCAUUCGCAAUUCGAACAUCACUUUUUCAAUGCCACUAUGACGUAUCGACUUGACAGCGAUGUUGUAUGGCCUUAUGCUGAUGUUCGAAGAAUCGAUGACAAUAGUGUCGUCGCACCCAACCUUGAAACGCUUUGGAAUCCGAAACUCGAUGAAUCAACGGAUCCGAACGAUACGAGGACAGAUAAAAGCAUGGAUAACGAGUCUGAGUUAAUAAAGACUAGAAGAAAAAAGACAAAACCUGCGGUCUGGUUCGUGAGCAAUUGUGCAUCGAAAAGCGGACGUGAGGGAUACGCGAAUGAGCUUGCGAAGCACGUGGAAGUCGAUAUUUACGGAAAAUGCAGCAGGGAGGUACGAUGCGCCAAGGAGGCCAGACGAGACUGCUUUCGUGAAGUUGUCGAGCCUGAUUACUACUUCUAUCUGUCGUUUGAAAAUAGCAUGUGCCAAGAUUACGUGACCGAGAAGCUUUGGAACGCAUUGAAGUACAACGUGGUGCCCAUUGUUUACGGUGGUGCUGAUUACACGCGCUUCGUUCCCCCGGGGUCCUCCAUAAACGCUUUGGACUUUGAGAGCCCGAAGGCAUUGGCAAAUUAUCUCAAAAGACUGAUCGCCGAGCCGAGGGAGUACAACGAGUACUUCGAGUGGAAGAAAACUUACAAAAUUGUUAACUCGAACAGUCGCGUUAUUUGUCAACUGUGUCAAUAUUUACACGAAAACAAACAAAAAAAAUCUUAUUCGUCAUUAUCGGAUUGGUAUGCAACGGACAAAUGUUCGUUGUCAGAGAAAUUGAAAAAAUUUCAAUACCUGACGAGUCAAGUGUUGAAGUAUCGGUAACGAUGAACGAUUAAUCGAAGUCAUUCGUUGAUUGACAGUACGAAUAAUAAUCUAGGCCAUCGUUUUUUUUUCGAGUUUAACACCAUUUGGGUCUACGAGACCCAAAAAUUUCCUUCGCUAUUUAUUAACGAAAUCCGCAAUCGAUUAAUAUAAUCGAUACAUAGAAAAAUAAAAUAAUAAAACAAAUUUGAUUGAACGUACGGAAAUUCAAAUGUCAAGGAAGCCAGUGGAAGAAUUCUACUUGCCUCACGUUACAUCGAAUGAAUCCCAGGAAGUGACUGGAGCUGGUACGAAUUCAAGUAUAUUUUGCUGCAACAGAAACUUCUCUGAUAUCUGAGAAUUGUAAUGUUCUUUUCGUUGUAUUUCCAUAUUCGAAUUAUUUCACGUAAUGCAGUGGCAAAAGAAAAAAAAGAGAUUGAACCUCCGACUCUGAAAAUUGUUCGGAGUUUAAUGUUAAACAUCCACAGAGUUAACGAUGGAAAACAAAAAGACCAGAAGGAAGCACCGAAAAAUGUAGAGAAAUACGAUCUCGACGGGUUUGAUGAUUAUUUCGCAUUUUCGUUUCCGAGAACCGGAAAUAGAGUGUUCGUCGAAAGAGAGUAAACGAUUUUUCCUUAUUUUCCGACUGCAAACGUGGGUCGUUGGCUCAACGCACUCGAGAAAAUUUGAAAAAUUUCAUGCUGCUCUUCGAAAUAUUUAUUUUGAAGGACCACUUGUAAAGUUAUUGAAAAUUUAAUUUUUCCAUACAUUUUUUCUUCAAUAAAGCCGAAGAUUGGCGAGCCAAAA